AGUGCGCAGGCGCAGCGUUCUGCUUCGCCAUCGUCGGCUUUGUUUGCUGAAAAGGCCUGGGAAAUUUAUAAAUAAAUACACAACAGGAAAGACUUGUGAGCUAAGUCUCAUCCUUCUCCGUGAAAAUACAGCUAAAGAAAAACUCAGAAAACCUAGGUAGCAGAAAAGUAUUUCCUCUGAACACAGACAUUGAUUCUUUAAGACUACUCCUCUGUGUGGGACUCAGUUUAAAAGAGUCUGGAACAUAAUUUACAGUUAAUAUGAGAGAUGCUGUCUUAAGAAAGAACCAUUAAGAAUAUAAUGAGGAUGCUAUAUUUCAUCCCAAUUUGUAAUCAUCUGAUCUCAGGAUAAUCACUGUGAAAAAUCUUUCAUCAUAAAUUCAACUUUGUUAGAUACCUGAGAUUACUGGAGAGAAACUAUAUGAAUUUACUGAAUGUGGAAAAGCUUUCAUCCAUGUCACAUGUCAAGAAAUACUAAGGAAUUCUUGUUGGAGAAAAUAUCUGUGCAUGAUAAGAAUGUUGGAAAGCCUUCAGCCUGAAUCAGAUUUCCUUCAGCAUGAUCAAAUUCAUGCUGGAGAGAAACCUUAUGAAUGUAAUGAAUGUGGAAAAACAUUUAGCCAGAAGCAGAACCUAAUAGAACAUAAGAAAAUGCAUACUGGAGAGAAGUCACAUGAAUGUAAUGAAUGUGGUAAAGUAUUCUCUCGAGUCUCAUCCCUUACUCUACAUUUGAGAAGUCAUACAGGAAAGAAACCAUAUAAAUGUAAUAAAUGUGGAAAAUCCUUCAGCCAGAAGGGAAGCUUGCUUACUCAUCAGAAACAUCAUACUGGAGAGAAACCUUAUGAAUGUGGAAAAGCUUCUAUUCAGAUACCAAACCUUAUUAAACACCAGAGAAAUCAUACUGGAAGCAAACCCUAUGCAUGUAAGGAAUGUGGCAAAGCCUUCAAUGGUAAAUCAUAUCUCUCUGAGCAUGAGAAAAUUCAUACAGGAGAGAAACCAUUUGAAUGUAAUCAAUGUGGAAGAGCCUUCAGCCAGAAGCAAUACCUUGUUAAACAUCAGAAUAUCCAUAGUGGAAAGAAACCAUUUAAAUGUAAUGAGUGUGGAAAAGCCUUUAGCCAGAAGGAAAAUCUCAUUAUCCAUCAAAGAAUUCAUACUGGAGAGAAACCUUAUGAAUGUAAAGGGUGUGGGAAAGCUUUCAUUCAGAAGUCAAGCCUCAUUAGACACCAGAGAAGUCACACAGGAGAGAAACCUUAUAUAUGUAAGGAAUGUGGAAAAGCCUUCAGUGGCAAAUCAAACCUCACUGAGCAUGAGAAAAUUCAUGUUGGAGAGAAACCUUAUAAAUGUAAUGAAUGUGGAACAAUCUUCAGGCAGAAGCAAUACCUCAUUAAACAUCACAAUAUUCAUACAGGAGAGAAACCCUAUGAAUGUAAUAAAUGUGGAAAAGCCUUCUCUCGAAUCACAUCACUUAUUGUACAUGUGAGAAUUCACACAGGUGAUAAGCCUUAUGAAUGUAAAAUAUGUGGGAAAGCCUUCUGUCAAAGCUCAUCUCUUACUGUGCAUAUGAGAAGCCAUACAGGUGAGAAGCCCUAUGGCUGUAAUGAAUGUGGAAAAGCCUUCUCUCAGUUCUCAACUCUUGCUCUGCAUAUGAGAAUCCAUACUGGAGAAAAACCUUAUCAGUGUAACGAAUGUGGGAAAGCUUUUAGCCAGAAGUCACAUCAUAUUAGACACCAGAGAAUUCAUACUCAUUAAAGCUCUGUGAAUGCCUUGAAUUAAGGAAAACCUUCAACAGAAUUCACACUAAAACAGUAUAUCAGAAAAUUUGUUUUAUAGUAAAGUAAUAUGAAUGUGGAAGAUCCUUCAGCAACAGCUCAAUGUAAUAUACUGAGAAUUUAAUAACUAUCGUAUCAUGAAAACCAACACCCCCACUACCCCCACAACAAACAUUGUUCAUGCUGUACUUUUAGGAGCAUUCUCAUUAAAGUAAGAAUCCAGUCGUGGACACUAAUCAACAUAGUUCUGGAAGGCCUACCUGAUGCAUUCAGAUAAAAAUAUAUGCAAGGUAUAAAGAUGUGAAACUAAGACAAAAUUGUCAUUUUUUUAAUUACAUGUUUUGCUACGUGUAUAACCAUCAAAAUUAUUUGCUCUUGAUGCAGAAAUAGAAAACAAAGAUUGUGACAGAAACGUGUCUGUAUGAGGAAUUGGCAGUUGAUAGAGGUGGUAAUUCCAAGUUGGUAGGAAAAUCUGGAUGAUUAAAAAAAUGGUCUCAGGGUAAUUGACUCUUCAUGUGGAAAAAUAUUAGACCUUUGCUUUGAUUAAAGUAUUUAUUUAAAAAUCCAAAAGUAUUGAAGGCUAGAAUGUAAAGAGUAAAACUUAGUAAUAUAAGAAUUUUAUAGGAGAAUUUUUUCAAACCUUGGGGUAGGAAAGAAUUUCAAAAACAGAUUCCAGAAUACCCACUCUGGAGUAUAUACACAUGUAGCAAAGAAACUGGUAUGUGUACUGAGGGAGUCCUGUACCUUUAUGUUCAUUGAAGCAUGAGUUAUAUUAGCAAAAAAUUGGAAACAAAUGUCUAUCACUUUGGAAAUGGAUGAAUAAAAUGUGAUGUAGUUUCACCAUAGACUAUUCUCUAGCAGUUAAAUUAAAUCUAUAUGUAUUAACAAAGAUCUGAAAAUCAUGUAGAGUGACAACAAAUGAAGUGAUGAAUAUAUUAUAACUAUACGUGUGUGAAUUUGAAUUAAAUCAACACUAACCAACACUAGUAUUGAAGCAUUAGUUAUGGGUGAACAUUUUUAUGUAAAACUAUGAAGACUGGAUUGGAAGGAUUCACAGUCAGUUCCCACAAGUGGUUGUCUCUAGAAAGAAAGGCAGUAGAAGUGAAAAGGGGCCAAACAUGGUAGUUCAAGGAUACUUCAGUUCUGUAUCUAAAUAUCUGUCUCAUUAAAAAGAAAUAAAGAUUCCAAGUAAAUGUAACAAAACAUUAGUUAAUUCUGGAUUGUAAUAAUAUAUGAGUUUAUUCUGUUAAUGCUGUUUUAUAUUUAUACUUCUGAGAAUUAAAAAAUAUAGGGAUAGUAGUAGGGAAACUACAUGGAGUACAUGUUAUAAUGGGCUCACAUUCCCAGUUAAAUGCAGAUAUUUUACAGAAGAUAUUUCUAAAAUCAUAUCUUUACUAUAAAAUAUGAAAUAAAAAUUUUAAAUUGGAAUGGUAACUUAACAAAUCCACUUAUUUAAAUUUACUCUCAAAUGUCAUAUCACUAAUCUCUGUCUGGUCUCUGCUGAAACCACAGUAGAUUAUAGCAUGAUUUUGCAACAGGUGAUUGAAUCACAUACAUUUAAGAUUCAUAUCAGUUAAUAAUAUAUGCACAGACUUGUUAAAGAUAAUUAGUUUUUCAGAAACAUCAGAAAUUUUAGCAGUCCACAUAACUAAUACUGGCAUUAGAAAUUUGACAUUCUUAAAAUUAGGAAAACAUGCUACUCUUGCAUGUUUUUGUAUGCCACUGAGUAAAACGUCAACUUUUGCAUUUCAGCUUCAGUUUUAAACUCAGACUAGUUUUUUUCUCUAGUCUGCCAGGCACAAUCAACCCCCCCCCCCCCCCCGUUUGUUUGUUUCCUUGGGGAAAAUGACACUGAAAAGGGAGAUCUCAGACCUAAACAGAAUCCUUUUAUUAAAAGCAAAUCUUUGGGACUUCCCUGGUUGCACAGUGGUUAAGAACCUGCCUGCCAAUGCAAGGGACAUGGGUUUGGGGCCCUGGUCCGGGAAGAUCCCACGUGCCUUGGAGCAGCUAAGCCUGUGCGCCACAACUACUGAGCCUGUGCUCUAGAGGCAGAGAACCACAACUGCUGAGCCCAAGUGCCGCAACGACUGAAGCCUGCAUGCCUAGAGCCCAUGCUUUGCAAUAAGAGAAGCCACUGCAAUGAGAAGCCUGUGCACCACAAUGAAGAGUAUCCCCUGCUUGCUGCAACUAGAGAAAGCCUGUGCGCAGCAACAAAGACCCAAUGCAGCCAACAAAUAAUUAAUUUUUUAAAAAAGGAAAUCUUUUUGAGGAUUUUUGAUUCUUUUCCACAGUAACUUCACAUACAGAAAGCAGUUAGUGGUCUUUUUGAAUAGUGAUAAAAAUGAGUAUGUAACACCUAAAACUUUGGCUGCUUUCAAACAUAUCAAUUUCUUUUAAACUCAGAAUAAUAUUAUGCUAAUAUAACUAUAGCACUGCACUGCUUGUUAUUAGCAUUUUGAAGCCUGGUAUUGAGAUAAGAUUAUAAAUGCCACAGGUUGACUUUGUGAGGUAAUGUAUCCAAAUAACAUACAUGUAAAUCCUGCCUGAGUCUAAAUUAUCCUCUCUUUUCUUCCAUUUCUCAUUAAGCAUUCUCUCAUAUUCCUUAAGUGUUAUGCCCCUGUGCUGGUGCAGCUUUGAAGCAACUAGGAACUCUAAUCCAGACCAAACUAGGAGGAUUACCUUUUGGCACUUACAGUUAGCCAGUGCCAAGGCCCAGCAACAAGAAUGAUUGUAAUGGUCAGAUAGACUAAGAUAAGCAGUUGCUGCACAGUAUUCUGUGAUAUUGUGUGCUGUAAAUUUAUUCAGCCAUCCCCCUAUUUGUUGCUAGUUAUUUGCCAUUACAAACAACACUAUAGUAAACACCGUUAUAAUUGGCCCUUAUACUUUAGGUAUUUUUAUUUCUGGGGGAUAGAUUUAUAGGCAACAGACUGCUAGAUCAAAGGAUAUGUGCUAUUGUUAAAUUUUAAUAGAUGCUAUCAGUUAUUUUCAAAAAGACAAGUUUCCUCCAGCCAUGCAGUAUCUGGUAUUAUACUAAAAUACAUGUUUGAUGAGUAUAAAGCUCACCUGUUCCUACAUUUGCUUCUUUGUAAAUUUUCAUAUUAUUAGCCUGUUUUCCUAUAGGAUUAUUUAUCUUUUUGUCAG